AUGCUCAGCAGUGAAAGGAGCAAGUUCCUAUGGCCGGACUUCGACGCAGGCCAUGCAGGCGCUGCUUCUUCCACUCCUCCUCAUACAUCCAUGUUCAGCAUGAAGCCCAGACAGCCGAAACCCGCCCCUGCUCGUGCAUCCGAGGUGCCGUUGACGUCAAACCCAAAUGUGCAGGCCAAGGAGUCGGUCAAACCAGCAUCGAUCCCGCCGAUGGCAAAUGAGGCCAAGAGGCAACCAACACAGAUCAAGACCGAACCCGUCAGACCCAGGAAUGACAAAAAUGACAAGCCAAAGACUCGCCCCUCGUUGUCUGAGCAGCUUGCAAGGGUUUCCAUGAAGACGGACAUCAUCACGUCUUGCCUGAAGCAAUCAAUACUAAAAGACGGAGGCAGCACUGAAACCCCGAAACUGCUUGUUUACUGUAAUUGCUUCCAAGUAGGCAGCUCAUCCAGUCAGUUCUCAUCCCCAGUCCAAUUCUUCAGUGACAAGUGUAAAUAUGCUUUCCAUCAUCCAAAGAAGGAACGGAUAGACAUGGAGAUGUUCUACAAGGACAUGGUGCAAUACAGCUGCGAUGACAAGAAGCGUUCGUUCGUCUUCAAGAUCAGACGUCAGCUCGAACACUUUCCGUUUGAGUACGAACCAAAUCGCCCUGACCACUUCCUUUCCAUCACCUUCUCCAGACAAGACUACAUUUCGUGA